AUGGAGAGUACUUACGGAGUAAGAUGCCUGCAGGACUCGGGGCGAGCGAGAGAGAAAGAAUCCACACAUCCACCUGGCCUUCCAGUUCGGCGAGAGGGCCGAGCUGAGGAGACAGCUAACCUCAAACAGGGUACUGUUCAUGCAGGCGUGAUAGCCGCUGGAGCCAGGCAAGGCGUGAACCUGAUGCUUAGCCAGCCUGCCGUCUCGCCGCUCUUUUCUCCAGCGCGCACAUGGGGAUACUUACGCAAUAAUAGGUCGCAAGCUAUGGGGCUCACCCAGGAAAAAGCAGCCGGGACUAAGGGAGAGAACGAGCGCAAGGCUCUCCGGGCCACUGAUAGCAUCCCGUCACACGUGUAG